AAUUCUCCCAUGAUUUGCAGUCAACUCAAGAUCAGAAGCUAAAGCAGGAUCCAAUCGACAUGCCUUUAAAGACAGACAAAAAAUAUUCUAAAAAAGGAAAUUGAUCUUGUGUGUCUUCUACAAGGUCACUGUGCUACUAGAGAUUGUUUCCUAAGCUUCCUUGAGUUAAAUCGUUAAACUAAAAAUUAUUAAACUAAAAUCAACAACUUUUGAUCUCCUUAAUCUUCUAUUUCCUUUUUUUAAUCUCUCAAGAUGAACUAAUAUGGCAAGGUAGCUUUCCCAUAUAGAACAACUAUCACAGAAAAAGUUAAACUAAACUCUUUAAUUACAGAUGUGUAGACUGGAUUUGGCUUUUUUGUCCAUUUAUCAGAAUAAUACAGCCUAUCCUAGGUUCCCAGGAACCUAGGAUAGGCACAUACAGUAUGUAACAAUAUUAAAAGCAUCGUUAUUACUAUUCUUGGAUUAUAAAUUCACUUGCAUUAUUGCUGUACUUACAAUGAAGACUGGCAAUUGGUUAUUUUAUUUGAUGUUUGUAAAAGAAAAAAUAUUUAUAGAGGAUGUUCACAUUUAUUCCACAGAAAAUAUCAAAUUUCAGUCAGAGAUACUUAAUUUUUUAAAAAUUGAAACACAAACAAGGAGCUGAGUCAAGAAUACUACUAAAUCAUAGCUUGACCUAGUUUAGCACAUUCCCUCCAUAUAAUCUUUCAAGAGAUUCAAAUGCUUUCGCUUCAUUUUUGAGUAUUUGCAGCUUGCCAUGUGGACUGAGCUUGGAGAAAAAGUGAGUGAUGUUAACUAUAACUAAUAAGCCAGCUUCAAGCCGUAGCUUAUAAAACUAUUUUGUUCCCAAUAAUUUUAAGAUUAAUAAGUGAAGCCUCCAUAUAGUUAAAUUAAUCUAAAAAUAGAAGUGGAGAAGGCAGGGAGUAUAUGAACCUGGGAAUAUGGUAGACUUAUUCAGAAACUGGUAUUCCUCAAGCUUCAAAGCAGCAAUAGUGCUGGCUGUAGAGUAUACAUGCCUUUGAUAACCACAUGAAUAGUAAGAGUAUUUAUUUAGAAUUUGUAUGAUUAUGUCUGUACCAUCUAUCUUAAAGUAGGUUUUGAAAUCUUCCACAUCAAGUGGCAGUAAACAAGAAAUGGGCCCAAACCUAACUUGCCUCAAGUAAGUCAAUUGGAUAAUUGAAUAACAUUUUUAUUAGUUCUUUUCAGAUAUGUUAUAAACGGUUUAAUUCUCCAACGUUGGUGGAGACAGCGGUCAUGCAUGGGUUAACUCAGUAACCAAUAGCACUGAGUCUACCAAAGUGAUGUCAUCGCCUCAGAGGAGUGUCCUCCCGCUCUUUUAGACUCAGUUCAAUCCGAACUGGCUGUGCUAACUGCUUUCUCCUCAACUUUAAUAGAUAUUAUAAUUACCUUUAUUUGGAUAUUUUUCUAAAUUUCACCUAAAUUACAUCCAAAUUGGAAGGAAUCAGUAGAUAGCCCCUCAGAGCUAAGUCUCUCAAUUAGCCCUCGGGCUUCUUGGCGAGACUCACCAGGGCUUUUUCGAGGCUUCUGCCUCCUGAGCUUACCGGCAAUUCAGAGGCUCUCCUGCAAGCAGCGCCUCUCAGCAACAGCCGUUGGAGGCUCUGCUCAGCGCUGCCGCCUUUGCUGGCCUCCAGGCCUUUCCCUUGUGUCACCAAGCCCGCAGCCGCUUCCAAGCGCCGCCAGCAGCCGCAAAAGAGCCGCCAGCUGCUGCCGCUACAUGCCACCGCCCCUCAGCGCUCCCGCCUCACCGGAUCACCGCUGCGGCUCCCCUUGACCUCCAUGGCCUCUCUGCAGGGCCUUCAACGCCCUCAUUCUGCAGCCUCAGCUACCUUCUGGCGCCUGGCCCAUACGCUCUGUAGCCUCAGUGACCAUUUUGUUUUGGCACAAAGAUCUCCGGUGGCCAUUUUGGGAACUUCAAGGAGUCAUGAGUACAGACCAUGGCCUCAUCUCCUGGCCUUGAGCCACAAGUGCCUCUGCCCACCAACGAGACACUUUCUUCUGGGACCCACAAAUGCAGGCCUGCCCCAGAAACCUCCCCCAUGGAUCCGUCUCCCAAGGUCCCCAGGGAGACCCAUAGGGGUGUAGCCAAGCCACAGGCAAAGGACAGUGCCACCCAGGUUCUUCCCAGCAGGGCCAAAGCCAAGACCAGCCAUGCUGAAUCCCAUCUAUUUCAGGCCCAGAGGCCUUCUCAGCCUAGUCCUCCUCCUGAUUUAUCCUCUGAUUCGGAGGAUGACCUCUCCCCUGCUGCAUCCAUCAUUCAACCUGAGGAUGCCAGGGGCUCAGGCGAUUUCACCUGCAGUGGGGAUGAAUCUGAGGAUGGCAGGAGCAUCACUCCGGAUGAGGAGCCCCUCUACCAAGAGGAAAUUUCCCCUCCUCCCCACCGCCGCCGCUCUUACUCACCUGGUAUGGCAGACAGGAUAUCUGAGGCUAUUGAAUGUGGCAUAGCAGCUGCCUUUAAACAUAGGUCUUCUAACCACUCUACUCCACGCAGGUCUUCUUCUUCUGGUUCCAAACCCAGGGAUGGUGAUCUCUUGGCUUCUUCAUCACAUGAGCUCCCUGGUACGUCCAGUCACCCUUCGGUUUUUGGCAAAGAGGAACGUCCGGCCAAGAGGAUCGCUGGCAUCCCUUCCCCUAAAGCACCUCAAGGAAUGGAAGUGGACAAGGCAGACACUACUGACCCCUUCUUCAUCCAGCCUAAGGUGGAAAAGGAGGUGAUUCCGUCUCCCAGAAUCUUCAUAGACAUGGUCCAGAACCAAUGGGCAUCACCAGGUACAGGUCCCCUCCCCAAUACCUUGGACAAGUGCCUGUAUAACGUGGGACCGGAACUCACCAAGGCUUUAGAGGUACCUUCUAUCGACUUACCUAUAAUUGGCCUUUCUUCUUCUAACGCAGCCUCAGCAGCUCCUGAGGAUGCUCUUCGCCCCGAAGACAAGAGAAUAGAACAAACUCUGGUCAAGAGUCACCAGGCCUCGGCUUGGGCCAUUAGGGCAAGUACCUCUGCUUCGUUCUUUAGUGGCUCUGCUCUCUUAUGGCUAAGGCAACUCCAGGCGAGGCUUCGGCCAGGGAUUCUAGGGCUCGCAGGGAUAUUAACAAAAUAAAGGCAGCCCUAGAAUACA